ACCCAGAACUGAACUCCACAGCCUGGUUUGCAGAGUACAUCGGUUCUUUCAUAACUUUCCUCACUGUAGCGGAUCUUCAGUCAUUUGGAUCUUUCUGCAAGUGUUCACAGUGAAUCCCAAGAAUAUCGCGCUCAUCAGCCAGCCCAGAGUGAAUCUGACAUUGAUCAGCUACUACACUCAGUUAGUUUAUCAGCAAGACAGCAACUUUAGUCCACUCCUUCUUCCUUCAGUGAGUCAGUGCUACGCUCCUGGUCCUGCAUUCACCCAACUGAAUGCAAGUGACAGCAUGAAAGUUUUAGAAACCCUCAAAGUGGUCUGUAGUAACCUGGAUGAGCAGAUCUAUGCUGCUUUGGCAAGUAACUUUAAGGGCAACCUUGACUCUUCAUCAAUUACUGCCCUGGGUAAUCAAAGCACCAGUUUGUCUACAGGCCAGAUAAAGACUAUAAGCUCUUCACAGCUGAUAAGUUCCCUAAGCACUCUCAGCAUCGUGACUGGUUGGAGAGAAGGACAGGCCAAAACCAUUAUCCAGACUCUGAUGAGUUCAGGACUAAUGAAGAUCAACAGCUCAUCGUCACUCUCUCAGCUGGGCUCUCUUGUCAUUGGUUUACCCUCCUACACGUUCAGCAGCAUCAGCAGUUUAGAGCUCAUCUCUGCAUCCAAAAACCCAUCCAUUGUAGCAUACAUAAUGUCUGGUUCUCAGAUUCUGCAGCAGAGUUUUGUUUACCAGAUUGUAUCAUCGGACACAAACAGUUUGAAAAUCAUAGACAAUAUUCCAGACCAAUUGGCCACUCAAGUCCCUCGAGUUUACCUGCAGCAGUUUACGAGUGACAAAGUCACUAUUGAAAAACUCAACAAGAAAACAUGGAAACGGCAGCAGGUUGAGUUGUUCUUUGACAUCAUAGCAGCAGAUUCUGCUACUACCGUGUUAGAAGGUGCAGACAACUUGUCCUCAUCUGUGCUGCAAGGGUUCACAUGUACAGGAGUAAGUCAGUUUUCAAGGACGCAGGUCACUAAGCUGGUAAAAGCCUGCCGGAGAAAAGGAUCGAGAAAGGUGCCACUGUUGGAGACUCAGCUGACCUGCAUGUACAACUACAUUAGCACAGAGUCAGAUGCCACCAGCUUUGCUCUUUACCCUCCAGAUAUGCUGCUGUACUAUGAUUACUCUCUGGUGCCACAGAGCAGCUGCAGGUCAUAUUUUCAAGAGCUGGCAGAUGCAGACUUCUCGGUUUUCUCUUCAGUCCUCAGCUACAAACAGACUGCUCUGUUUAAUAAUGCAAGGAGCUGCCUGGGAAUAACAAGCACAAGCUUGACUGCCGAUCAAGUAUCAAUUUUGGGAAACAUGUGUUGCAUGCUGGACGGUUCCUACAUUCAAAACUCUGACCCAUCCAUCCUGGAAAAACUCAAAAACUGUCCAGAUCUCACUGCUUCUCAGGCAGCUGCAGUUACAACCCUUCUGAUCAGUGGAAAUACACAAUACGGAAAUACUUCCACAUGGAAUGAGACUACUCUGAAAAACCUUGAUAUGUUACCUUUGUAUUUGCCUACAACUUUCUACGAUAACUUUGACAAAAACACCAAGAAGACUUUCUUGAAAUCCUUCUUAAAUGUUAUCAAAGAGAAAGGAGUGAGCAGAUAUAAGAGACAAGAGCUGAAGUCAGUAAUAAGACAGUCUAUCAAAAAUAGGUCUAAGAGAACUACAGACUGUACAGUGGGAACAAUCACUCAGUUCACCAUCAGUGAAAGCACCUUCCCCUUUGACUAUGAUGUAGCCCAGUUUAAUAACUGCCUAUCAAACGUAACUGUCAAAGACAACUUUGAUGCCAUCACAGAAAAAGUUGAUGAGGUGGACUACCUAAAAAUUGUUCUCCACAAACUUGGAGAGGCUUACAACUUCAUCAUCCCAGAAGAUCAGGUUCAAGUUUUAGGCUUUGCAUCCAGCGUUGCCACCACUGAUGACAUCAGGUCAUGGACCAUCACUCAAGUGGACACACUUUCUGCUUUGAUGGACUCAUCAAACGGGGUCUGGGAACCAAGUUUGGCAAAAGAAAUCAUCUCCAAGUAUCUGGCUGUGGAAGGAAACUCACUUGGUAGAGCAGAACUGAAUGCUAUCAAAGGACCUUACCUGUGCACUCUUGAUCUGAGCGUCAUCCAAUCAAUUACUGCUCAAAGCCUUAAAGAAGCUGAAGCCCUGAACAUUACCACCUGCACCCUGGAGGCAAAGAAAGCCAUUUUCAACAUUGCCACUCAAUCAUUUAGAGCCAUUACACAAGCAUCUCCUUCCUACCUGCUCUCUAGAUCCUUCCUUGGAGGUGCAUCUCUCAACUACAUCCAAGGUCUGGUGCCGUCCAGCAUUAACAUGGACCUGGAAACCUUCAGCAAUCUAGAUCCAAAUGUCGUGCUGGGUUUAACUGUAACUGAAGUAAAAGGUCUGCUUGGAACCAACCUGCCAGAUUUGAAGUCUUAUGAAAACCAACCACUGGUGCAGACCUGGAUCAGAAAUCAGUACCAGUCAGAUCUAAACACUCUGGGACUGAAUCUGUCUGGAGGCAAAGCUGACCCCGUAACCACUGCCACAAACGCUCCAGCAACAGCUGGAUCAGGUGGUUCUACAGGCAGCGGAGUCCGAAUCCAAGCAGACACCGGCUUCUCCUUCCUUGUUUUCCUGGCGAUCCUCGUCACUUCUCAGCUCAUCACUAUCUGAACGAUGUUGAAUGACUGAUUAAAUUAUCAGAAACUUUAUUUCAAUCGGAAUAACUUGUUGAUGUAAAAUUUGUUAAAGGUGUUCUUUUGAUGAACAUAUUUCAUGUGCAAUAAGAAGUUUAUUUGAUGAUGGAUGAUCUUAAUUUACUCUGUAUGUCAGUUAAUCUGCUUCAUUAUCUUCUUCUUAUGCUUUUGUAUUUAUAAAAAAAAAAAUAUGACAAUCUGUAUCUCCGAAUAACUUUAAAAUACUAUAAAAUACUCAAAACUAUAAAAUUAUAUUAUAAAGUUGUAACAAUAAUUAUAUCAUUACACCACUGUACUUAUGGACUUGUUUUUUUUUUUGUUUUUUUUAUGUUGUCUUUACACUGCUGGGAGGACUUCAACAAGUUUUGAUUGAGUGUUAAUAAAAAUGUUGGAAAUGGUCAA